AUGAAGCUCCUUAACAUCAUCACCCUCCUUUCUACAACUAGUCUAGCCGUCGCUGGAGGCCUAGAUACCAGAGAAGCAAACAACGCCGAUCUAGCAACCCGAGCAGCCACCAUCUGCGGAUCAGGAUACGAAUUGAACAAAGCAAUUCCCCUCCCAAAAGGCACAGAUCCCAAACAGCGACUAGGCACACUUUACACCUACAUUGGAAAGGACAAGGGGUGCGCAAUCCUAGACAACAAUGUCGGCAAAGCACAAUACAUGUACGUGGGUGUGUGCGAUUUGAACGGGAAACACUGUGAUAAGGAUUCCGGUGCAUUUAGCCACAAUUUUGCCUGUGCACCCUUGGUCGCGAAGAUGGGUCAGAGCUCUAAGAGUCUUUAUAUCGACUAUAAAGACGAGUAUGGCUGGGCGUGUGAGUGA